UGGAUGUAACACACGAGGUUCGAUCGACGCAUCCCGGCGUCCACCGUUCACCAAGGUCUCGAACAGCGCAGCCAGCAGGUCUAGGCAUAGGCCGACACUCGCAGAGGAACGCUCAGGAUAACCGAAGACCACCCGGUGGUUCCUCCUCUGUCCGCAUCUCGUUGUUUUCGGUGGUGAUUUAAGUACGACUACCUGGGAACCAUGAGCAAGUACACUGUGACCGUUCUGUGGCUACUUCCGGUGUUCGCCGCGGCGCUCACGCUGCCGGCCAACGAGAAGUCCGGCAACGAGAACGACCUGAUGGCCACCAUCUACAGCGACUGCCUCAAGAAGGAGUCCAUCAACUGCAUCAAGUACAAAGUAUUCUCCUACGUGGACAAGAUGCUCGCCGACAAAGAGGAUAUCACCCUCACCGAUGGCAUCACCGUCGUCAAGACGUCGAACACCGAGGAAGGAGCGCCGAGGUCGAUCGAGUCCAGCGACCUGGAGACGCUGCUGUUGGACAGGCUGGGAAGAUUCCUGAGAACGCACACGGUCAAGGUUGACCUCAAGGGCACCGACAUCCUCGGGGCCAUCGAGUCUGCCGGCCGCAGUUUCGAGGACUUCACCGACAACGCUGUGGAGAGUCGAGGCAAAAAGAAGAAGGGCAAGAUCCUGGGCCCGCUACUGAUGGCCAUGGCGCUGAAGGCUGCAGCCCUGUUGCCCUUGGCCUUGGGCGCGAUCGCCGCGAUCGCCGGCAAAGCGUUGCUGGUCGGCAAGAUCGCGCUGGUGAUCUCCGCGAUCAUCGGCCUGAAGAAGCUGCUCAGCUCGGGCGGUAAGCACGUGACGUACGAGGUGGUCUCGCAUCCCCAUCACAGCAGCAGCCACGUAGUCAGCCACGACGAAGGACACGGUGGCGGCGGUUAUGGUGGCGGUGGCGCCGACUAUGGCGGCGGUUACUCCGGCGGCAGUGGCCACGGAUGGGCCAGGAGCCUGCCCCAGGAUGCCCACGAGUUGGCCUAUCGCGCCCAUCAACCUCAACCGCAAGCAUGAAGCGGAUAGACACGAUUUCGACCUCCACUUUCCAUUCUCCCUUUCUCCGACCUUCGUUCUUCCGCAUCGUUCUUCGCCGAUCUCCGACUUCGCCCCUCGCUUCGUUUAUUUAUUUGUUCCUAUCGAUCGUCUUCCUUCCGGUUGUCUGUCCACCGUCUGUUCCUACUCGCCUGUCUCUCCGAUCCUCUCUUUUCUCUUGUCUCUCUGGUCCUAUCUUUUCGAUCCUGUCUUUUCCCCCCACCCCACCACCCUUAUCACGAACCAGUGCCUCGUCGAGAUACUCGUUCCAUGUAUAGCAUUACUAGCCUUGUUAUUUAUUUCCUGCGGCUAACACGACUUAUGUUAGUAUUUAUUUAAUUACUCGACCCCGUGUGCUAUUUUGUUACUGCCCCCGUUGUUCUUUUGUAAUAAAGAGAUGGCGUGCGCCGCGCUGGCGUCCAGUCCCAAAGAAAACAAA